UUUUUAUAGUAUUGCAAAACAAAGCAGAGAUUUGUUUCUGUGGGAUAGUGUAAAAUUAACUUAUUUAAAGUUUUAAAUUGAUUUUAUGAAUUUAGUAAUCUUAAAAUAAUUUUCGAGCUCUACAACCCUACUCAAAAAGCGUUGCCACACUUGCUAUUUAACAGCUGUCCGUUGUUUUCGUCAGCUUGUGUAAUUUUUAAACGUUUUAGUUGUUUAUAAAAAGGUUAAAUUUAGUGUACAAAAUGCGGUGUGUGAUAAAUGGCUUUAAGACUGCUGUGAGGGUGACAAAUUAUUUAUCACCCGCCAGAAAUAGUAUUCAAUUUGAACGGUUUCGAUUGCACGCAGUUCGACAAUUUUCAGUAGAAUCCUCGCCGGCUUGUUGGAAUUGCCAAAAGAAGUCAAAUUUAAGGCAGAAUAUGAUAUGUUCGGAUUGUGGACAUUUGCAAGAUGUGGAUGCGGAAAUAAAUUAUUUCGACUUGUUGAGCUUUCCCACCAAGUUUUCCUUGGAGUCCCAGAAGUUAACAAAAAAUUUUCGCCAACUGCAGACAAUAGUGCAUCCUGAUAAAUUUAGUAAUAAAACUUCCCGUGAGCAAACCAACUCCGCGGAUUGGAGUUCCCUGAUCAACAAGGCUUAUAAGACCCUUGCCACGCCCAUUGAACGCGGUCAGUACCUUCUCCAAUUGGAGGGUGAGCAGAUGCCCCAGGAUAAUAGCGCUUUAAACAAGGAAUUCCUAAUGGCCAUGAUGGAACGGAACGAGGAAGUGGAGGAUGCGGUAGACAGUCAAACUCUAGAGGACUUGAAUGCCCAAGUUGUUAAGGAACUAGAGGAUAUGGCCCAGAAACUAAACUCCCUCUUCGCAGCCAAAGAUAUUCAGGGAGUCAAAGGAACUCUUGUGGAGAUGAAGUACCUGCUGAGUAUUCAGAAUGGCAUCAAGCAGAAGCAGCAAAGUUUGCUGGGCAGCUGAAAAAUCAUUAAGCGAUCGACAAUCGAUUCUUAUCACAUGCACAAUUUAGUCUGUUGCUAUCAGCUGUUAAGUAAACAAUAACAAUGACUUAGUUUGUUUUAUACGUGAAUAAAAGUAGCGAUACAUCGGUUAUUAGUAAA